GGCGCUGUGGGCUGCCGGGACGCGCGGACUGUGAGUUGAGAUUCUGCAGACACCAGUUCAUGCCUCUUGUUAUCCUCUGGAGCGCAUAAGUGGUUUCCCACCAUGGCUGCAGCCCCUCAAGCCCCAUCAGGGGGUUCGGUUCGAAAGACGAGACCUGUAACCGUGAAGACGUCCUUGAACAACCCAUAUACCAUCUGCUGGCCCGAGCUGGACCGGGAGCACAUGCACUUCAUCCUGCAGACUCUGGAGGACGGGUUUCAGGCUGUUGGCCUGCGCAAGAUUGAGGAUAAGAAAAGAAAGAAAACAAUGCCUUCUUUCAAAAAACAAAGCCAAGAAAACUGCAGCCUCGGCGCUGAUACUGGUAAGAACCAAAAGGAAAGAGAGAAAGACGUGAAGCAGCCAUCAUUGGGGUGGACUCCCGUGCAUGUCAGGAAACAGCUGGCCAUUGGUGUCAAUGAAGUCACUAGAGCCCUGGAGCGGAGCGACCUGCUGCUGGUCCUGGUGUGUAAGUCGGUCAAGCCCGCCCUCAUCACCUCACACUUGAUUCAGCUGAGCUUAAGCAGAGCUGUGCCCGCCUGCCAGGUUCCCCGGCUCAGCGAGAGAAUCGCGCCUGUCAUCGGCUUAAAAUGUGUCCUAGCCUUGGGGUUCAGAAAGAACACAGUGGACCUAACGGACCAAGUCUGUGCCAUCAUCCCCAGAGUGCCUGAUUUAAGUGUACCAUGGCUUCCAGACAGAACGGAAGGUCCUGGGGAGACUGUAGAGACCACAGCUCUGGAAGACCAAGACAGAGAGAUUCUGGAAACUUCAUUCGAAGACCUCUCAAAAAAUAAGCGGAGACUUGCUGAAGCUCAACCAACUUCUGUAGCUUUACAGCCACUUAAGAUAAAGAAGCUGAUUCCAAACCCUAAUAAGAAAAGGAAACCACCCAAAAAUAAAAAAACUACUAAAUAAUCUUGGAUAAACUUGUCCAGGCAGUUUGUCAAAGGACACAUUGUAAAGAUGCUUUGAAACUAAUAAAAUGAGUGACAUUUACAUA